AUGAACGGACUACCGAACGAGCUGCUGAAGCAGAUGUUGCUCAAUCUGGACCCCAUGGAUCGCAUGAACUGCGCUGCGACGUGCCGCCUGUGGGCAGACGCAGUGGCCUCCUCUUCGAUGCUGGAGGACAUCAAAGUUGUGAUCAAUGGGAUCUCGUUCCACGAAGCCGUUCCAUCUCUGAUGCAGAGCAAACGGGAGUACACGAAGCUCGAGAUCCGCAGAGCCAAUCUUACCGAGUUGGACUCCUGCUUCUGGACCAAGAUGUGCAAGAAUCUCCGCAAACUGGUCCUCGAUCAAUGCUUAUGGACCGACGAGGUCUUCUACUCCAUCCUCGUACAGUGCACGGAGGUGGAAAGCUUCGAAUUCGGAGAUUUCGCACUGAUCGAUUCGGUCUCCUUCGAGCUGCCUGAAGAAAUCCCUCUUCAGGAGCUCCGCGACAAACUAAGGAAAGCCAGACAUCUGAAGCUCCGAGUGCCGAUGUCAGAGUCGACCCUGGACAUCUUCCUCAAGCUCAUGCCCGAGUUGACCUCCCUCUCGCUAGAUGAAAUCCCCGGCGAGGGCGAUUUCGCCUUCCGCAGCUUGGUGCCGUGUUUCACAAGAGCUGAGCAGAGAUUCACGAAACUGAGCUUCUGCAUCGAGAACGUCGAGGACCAGACGAUGAAGGGUCUCAUAGAGUCGUAUGCGGAGUGUCUACAAGAGCUGCGCUUGGUCCCGUGCUUCGAAUAUUACGAGACGCUCAACGCAAUUCAAGAUUGUACCAGGCUCAGGCGUCUACAUCUAGGCCAGUGCGCUAUUCUGCAGGACCCCAAGCUCGAGCGAAUAAUACUCAACAAUCCCGACUUGGAGGUCCUGGUUUGCGACAACUCCCAUCAACUCGAGAAAAUAGGCUUGAGGGAAAUCCACCGACUCAGGAAACUCAGGCAUCUCUGCCUAUCAUUCGCGAAGAGAAUUCCAAGUAGCUCUCUCUGCAACAUCGGGAGGCUGCCGAACCUCCAGCACCUGGAUCUGAGGAAAACUCAUAGCGAUCUCAGGUUCUUCCAGAGCAUCGCAUGCCUCAGAGAGCUCCGGGUACUCAAAGUUGGUUCGACCGAUUUCACGUCGGAUUGUUUUUCUAUAAUCGUCGAGAACUUUGAGAAACUGGAAACCCUCUUUUUCUCAAAGAGCGACAUGCUGAGUGAUGAAGACGGGAUCAAGCUUCACCUCCUGAGAAACCUCAAGGAUCUUCGUUUCGCGCCCGGUCCGGCUACCACAGACAGGACGUUCGAGGAUGGACUCGGCUCACCCUACAUGAUGCGUCUCCAUUUGACCGGCUGUGCUCUCACAGAUUUCGGACUCGAGAAAAUAGCAGAGCAUCACGGUCAUCUGAGAGAAUUGACUCUCUUCAAGUGCAAUCAGAUCACAGACGCCGGAAUCGCUGUACUACUCAGACGUCAGCCUUAUCUCCGGAAGCUGGUUCUGAUGAGCAAUAGAUUCUUGACGGAGAACAGCAUCAGAAUACUCCUGGACGUGUGUCCUCGACUGAAGGAGCUCGAGGUCAGAUGCAUGAGCGACGGCAUGAACUUCAUGCUUCGGGAUAAGAGACCUCAGCUCGACUUACGCGAAGCACACCGAAGACCUCGGUAUCUUUGA